GAACGGUGAACGGGGGUGACAUGUAACAUAUCGAGCACAAUUUUCGUCGGAGAGAAAAAUAAAUAUCAGAAAAUAGCAACAACAAACAACAAAUAGUAGAGCGCAAUAAGUUUAAAAAUUGUUUAUUUAUGUCAUAGUUUGAAAACGUGCCAGUGUCGCGUUUCCAGGCUCGCGAGUGUGAGUGUGCCCCAAUAGGAAUCCUUCGCAUAAGCUUGCACGUACGUCGUCGGGGGUGGAGAAGGUGGAGUAGGAGCAGAGGCAAACGGAGUGAGUGGGGGUCAAAGCGUUAGCGUGCUGCGGCGCGGAAUCGAUAUCGAUGGUACGCACCAAAAACCAGUCCUCCUCCUCCAGCGCCAGCAGCAGCAGCCACAAAUCUCCAAUCAAAUCGCACGGCGGCAGCGGAUCAGCAGCCGCAGGAACAGCAGGACACCCCGUGAGCAGGUCGUCGUCGUCGCAUCGGACAUCGAUCGAUGACCGCAAGUCCGCCACGAACGUGUCAUCCUCCUCGAACCGCCGCACAACUCCGGGCAGCUCGCCGGACGGAGACGGAGACGACGACACCACUACCACCGAUGAUCUGACCCCAACAUCUACGAGCGCGCCAAGAAGCGCCGGCGGCCCCUCCUCUGUGCACAAGCAGAACCUCUACGUCGUUUCAUUUCCCAUUAUAUUCCUAUUCAACGUUCUUCGCUCGCUGAUUUAUCAGCUGUUCUGCAUUUUUCGCUACCUGUACGGCGCCAGCACAAAGGUUAUUUACCGUCCCCACAGACGCGACUGCAACAUCGAGAUUGUUGUCCAGAACAACUCAAAUAACAAGGAUCAGAAGCACCAGCAGCUGACGUCGAGUCAGUCCCUCAACUAUCCCUUGGAGGUGACCAGCGGCGAGGCAGCGUCCGAGCAGCAAGUACAGCAACCUCUGCCACAGCAACGCUAUCGCGCCCUCCAGCCCCUGGAAAUGGCAGGGGCCAAUCGAUCUGGGUCAGGCUACUCCCCCGGUCCUGGGGAUCCUUUGUUGGCCAAGCAGAAGCAUCACCAUCGUCGGGCGUUCGAGUACAUCUCCAAGGCGCUCAAGAUAGACGAAGAGAAUGAAGGUCACAAAGAGCUGGCCAUUGAGCUGUACCGCAAGGGAAUCAAGGAGCUCGAGGAUGGCAUUGCCGUCGAUUGCUGGAGUGGUCGCGGCGAUGUCUGGGACCGUGCCCAAAGGCUGCACGAUAAAAUGCAGACCAAUCUCUCGAUGGCCAGGGAUCGUCUUCACUUCCUCGCGCUGCGUGAGGAAGAUUUCCAAAUGCAUCGUCUCUCGCUAAAGGAGAAACAGAAAGCGAAUGAAAGCCGGGAGCAGCAGCAGAAGCCACAGAAGGCCAGAGAAGCGGCAGAUAAGCCAAUGCUGACGAAUCUCACCAAUGAUCCUGCAAAGCUGAAGACACGCAGCAGCGGCUAUGGACCAAAGAACGGUCUGACUACACCCAGAAUCUUUGCCACAGCCACAACACCGACGUCGUCGUCGUCAUUGGCCUCUGGCCGCAAGCUGACAAUCGGAACCAAGCGACCUGGCAACCUGGCCGUGGCAGCCAACAAGUCACAAACUCUGCCACGCAAUCUUGGCUCAAAGACCUCCGUGGGGGCUGUUCGUCAGCCAGGCAAGACCGCAGCCACGCCCCCAGCCGUGCGUCGACAGUUUUCUUCCGGUCGCAAUACACCGCCACAGCGAUCACGCACGCCCAUCAACAAUAAUGGGGCCAGCGGCAGUGGUAGUGGCGCUAGCACUCCCGUGGUGACUGUCAAGGGUGUAGAACAGAAGCUGGUCCAGCUCAUACUCGAUGAGAUUGUGGAGGGCGGUGCUAAGGUGGAGUGGACAGACAUUGCCGGCCAGGAGGUCGCCAAGCAGGCGCUACAAGAGAUGGUCAUACUGCCCUCCGUUCGUCCAGAGCUCUUUACAGGUUUGCGAGCCCCAGCCAAGGGUCUGUUGCUUUUCGGUCCCCCAGGCAAUGGCAAGACAUUGCUAGCCCGUGCCGUGGCCACCGAAUGUAGUGCCACCUUUCUGAACAUCUCGGCUGCUUCGCUGACCAGCAAAUAUGUGGGCGAUGGCGAGAAACUGGUGCGUGCUUUGUUCGCGGUGGCACGCCACUUGCAGCCCUCGAUCAUAUUCAUCGAUGAGGUGGACUCGCUGCUCUCGGAGCGUAGCAGCGGCGAGCACGAGGCGUCGCGCCGCCUGAAGACCGAAUUUCUUGUGGAGUUUGAUGGUCUGCCAGGUAAUCCCGAUGGCGAUCGCAUUGUGGUGCUGGCCGCCACAAAUAGGCCCCAGGAGCUGGACGAGGCCGCACUGCGACGCUUCACGAAGCGCGUCUAUGUCUCACUGCCCGACGAGCAGACCCGUGAGCUGCUCUUGAACCGUUUGCUGCAAAAGCAGGGCUCGCCGCUGGAUACGGAUGCACUGCGGCGUUUGUCCAAGAUCACGGACGGUUAUUCUGGUUCCGAUUUGACGGCACUGGCCAAGGAUGCCGCUCUGGAGCCCAUACGCGAGCUGAAUGUGGAGCAGGUCAAGUGUCUGGACAUUAACGCCAUGCGACACAUCACAGAAAAGGAUUUCCACAACUCUCUCAAGCGCAUUCGCCGCUCGGUGGCACCGCAGAGCCUCAGCUUGUAUGAGAAAUGGUCGUCAGACUAUGGGGACAUUACCAUUUAGAUAGGCGUCGAUCCAAUCAUUGAAGGAUUGUCAGCCUCGCCACCAAGAUCCUGCCCAGCCCUGCUCCACGCUGUGAUGUGAGUGACAGUAAUUUCUUCUCCUUUUGCUGUUGCAUUAGUUUCGAUGAUCAUUCCAUUGAUCCUCAAGUUUUAAACUACGUUCCAUUCAACCAUUAGUUUUUGUAGGCUUACAUUUUGUUUCACAAAACUUUGUUAUUUGUAUUUAACCAAUGAAUUAUUGAUUAAUUUCUCGUUCUACCAUGCAAUUUGUGUUUCUAGGCCUAAGAUUUAUUGUAUUUACCAUGUACUUCCAAAUGUUUUUAAAGCGAGCGAGCGCCCCACACCCCAUUUAAGUUAUAAUCAUUUAAAAGCUAAUGUAUGCCUAAGAACAAUCAUUAUACUAGCAUUUGUUUGCAUAACUUUGUUUCCAAUGUUUCUAGUACUAAGACAGCAAGGUGUUCUGUUCAUGUAUGGUAUGGCUUUCCUAACAUUUAAUUUAGUUCUAAGUAAAUGUAUUUCCAUUGAUUUCUCUGUGUCACAAGUUUCUUCCAUUUGUAUCCUUGAAUCAAUAGAACCAAUCUACUAUUUUUGUUGUACAUCGCCCAAUUCAAUCGAAAACAUACGCUACACGUAAUCUAGACAUAAGCAUAGCCUUAAGAUUAAACACAACACAAAACGCAGGAUCAGACUUAAGUUUUAAAUGCGGCAUCAUCACACACUACUCUCUCCCUCUAUCGAUCGAUGGAUGGCUGGUGUUUAGUUUUAGUUUUAGUUUUGGUUCCUCUGUUUUCAAUCAAUCAAUGUAUGUACCUACCUACUGCAGCAGUCAUAAAUACAAUCGUGUCUCCGAAAAACCAUCUAUAGAUUAA